GAGAAGGGACAUGCAUCUCUUUUUUUUCUGUUUCAAAAAGUGAAAAUAAAUUUGAAGUAUAGAAGGUAACCGAGAUGGGGGAUAUGGAGGCUCAGAAUGCUACCUUUCAUCAGUCACAAGAACCAGAAGUUCCUGCAAUCUUUAAGAAGGCCAACCGUAUCAUUACGCUUAAGUUUGAAGACGUGGUGUACAAGAUCAAAACGCAAAAAGGAGGAUUCCUGAGUACUAGAAGGUCCUCCAAAACCGAAGAGAGAGUGAUCUUGAAAGGGGUAACAGGUGUGGUAUCACCAGGGGAGAUGUUAGCCAUGUUAGGUCCUUCAGGCAGCGGUAAAACGACCCUUUUAACUGCAUUGGGUGGCCGACUUGGUGGACACCUUGGAGGAACGAUAACAUACAAUGGCCAGCCAUUCUCCAACCCAAUGAAGAGAAACACUGGUUUUGUUACUCAAGAUGAUGUUCUCUAUCCCCACCUCACUGUCAUUGAGACCCUUGUUUUCACUGCUCUUCUACGGCUUCCCAACAGUCUUACCAGAGAAGAAAAAAUCAUGCAUGCGGAAGCGGUGAUAACUCAACUCGGCUUGUCUCGGUGCAAGAAUAGCAUAAUAGGAGGGCCAUUGUUGAGAGGCGUUUCUGGGGGAGAACGUAAAAGGGUCAGCAUUGGGCAAGAAAUGCUGAUCAACCCAAGCCUGCUAUUUCUCGAUGAGCCCACGUCAGGGCUUGACUCAACGACGGCCCAGCGAAUUGUGUCGACAUUGUGGGAGCUUGCGGAAGGUGGAAGGACAGUGGUGAUGACCAUACACCAGCCUUCAAGCAGGCUGUAUUACAUGUUUCAUAAGGUUUUGCUGUUGUCAGAGGGUAACUCUUUGUAUUUCGGAAAAGGGGCCGGAGCCAUGGAUUACUUCUCCACCAUUGGUUAUGCCCCGUCUGUCGCCAUGAACCCUUCAGACUUCCUUCUCGAUCUUGCAAACGGUGUUUAUUCGGAUGAUAGAGAGGAGGACAGAGUAGCUGUGAAGCAGGCUUUAAUCUCUGCUUACAAGAGCAACCUUUCUGACAAAUUGAAGGAAGAAUUAAAUGAAAUGAGCAAUCAGCUCUCAGAUGGCACUGGCCAUAAGCAAUUUGAUCGAUGGUGCACAACUUGGGGACAGCAGUUUUCAGUGUUGCUUCAGAGGGGACUAAAAGAGAGGAAGCAUGAGUCCUUUUCAGGCAUCAAAAUCAGUCAGGUUUUGGUUGUUGCUAUCCUUUCAGGGCUGCUAUGGUGGCAAUCCAAUGCUCACUUACAAGAUCAGAUUGGACUACUUUUCUUUUACUCUGGGUUUUGGGGCUUCUUCCCUCUCUUCCAGGCUAUAUUCACCUUCCCUCAAGAGCGCAUGAUGCUCACAAAGGAGAGAUCUUCGGGGAUGUAUAGACUUUCUUCCUACUUUAUGGCCAGGACCGUAGGCGACCUUCCCAUGGAGCUUGUUCUCCCAACCAUUUUUGUCAUCAUAACCUAUUGGAUGGCAGGAUUUAAGUCCACAGCAGGAAACUUCAUAGAGACCUUGUUGGUUUUAUUACUAAGCGUAAUGGUGACUCAAGGCAUGGGACUUGCUAUUGGUGCAUUAGUAAUGAACCUUAAAUCUGCGACGACCCUUGGAUCUGUCUUAGUGCUCACGUUUCUUCUUGCUAGUGGGUACUAUGUGCAACACGUCCCUGCCUUCAUAGCAUGGAUUAAAUACAUCUCUGUUAGCCAUUACACCUACAAGCUAUUAUUGGAAUCACAAUUUAAGUCCAGUGACACGUACCGGUGCGGUACCAACACUACCUGCUUGGUUGGUGAGUUUCCAGCCGUAAAGAUUGUAGGGCUUGAUCAGACGGCUGUCUCUAUUGUUGCCUUAUUCUUGAUGCUUAUAGGUUAUAGGCUCAUUGCAUAUGUUGCUCUCAUGAGGAUUGGAGUGCCUCGUUAGAGAUAGUAAACCCCAUACUAUAUUAAUUCAAACAUUG